UGCCUCUCUCGGUAUAAAACAGGCUUCCAUCAGGCAUUAGAGCUACAGCACUGCCCACUACAUCAGCAAUCAUGCACGGAAAGAUCAUCUUCUACGAGGACAAGAACUUCCAGGGCCGCUCCUAUGAGAGCAGCAGCGACUGUCCCGACAUGACCUCCUACCUGAGCAAGUGUCACUCCUGCAGGGUGGAGAGCGGCUGCUUCAUGGCCUACGACCGUUCCAACUACAUGGGCAACCAGUACUUCAUGAAGAGGGGAGAGUACUCCGACUACCAGCGCAUGAAUGGCUUCAGUGAUUGCAUCCGUUCCUGCCGUAUGAUCCCCAUGCACAGGGGAGCCUACAGGGCCAGGAUCUACGAGAAGGAGAACUUCGGUGGCCAGAUGCACGAGAUGAUGGACGACUGUGACAACUUCCAGGAUCGUUACCGCAUGUCCGAUUGUAUGUCUUGCAACGUGAUGGACGGCCACUGGCUGAUGUACGAGCAGCCCCAGUACAGAGGCAGGAUGAUGUACAUGAGGCCCGGAGAGUACAGGAACUUCAAGGAUAUGAUGGGCGGACAGAAGUUCAUGAGCAUGAGGCGUAUCACUGACAUGUGUUAAUUUAUUUUGUAAAUGAACAAAUAAAGCACUAUUAUAAAAUAAAGUAUUUCAUCUGUUGCUAA